GCAAAACAGCUACAACUACAACAGCAGCAGCAAAAAGAAAAAUCCGUUAUUACUAAAGAGAAAAAAAAAACUCAAAAACAAACAUUUACAUUUCAUUCGUACCUAAUUAUUUAUUUAGAUUUUGACUUGUUUUCGUCAAAAAAAGUCUGCAGCUGAUCACGAGGGAAAAGAGAAAAAAACGCGUUAAAAAAGGAUAUGGAGGCGCUGCCGGAGACGACGAGGACGACGGAGAAAACGACGGCGAAGGUGGUGAUAAAGAAAAGAGCUAAUGGUGGCUCCGACAGUAGCAGAGGAGGUAGCAGUAACGGUAAUAAUGAUAGUGGAGUGAUUGUGGAAGAGAGAGAAAAUGGAAUGUUUGAGUAUUUUGGAUGGGUUUAUCAUUUAGGUACGAAUUCAAUUGGACAUGAGUACUGUCAUCUUCGUUUUCUGUUUGUUAGAGGCAAAUAUGUUGAAAUGUAUAAGCGCGAUCCUCACGAGAAUCCUGGUAUUAAACCUAUUAGGAAGGGUGUUGCGGGGCCAACGCUUAUGGUGGAGGAGGUAGGGCGUCGGAAGGUCAAUGAUGGGGAUCUUUAUGUUUUGAGGUUUUAUAAUCGAUUGGAUGAGACAAAAAAGGGAGAAAUUGCUUGUGCUACAGCAGGAGAAGCUAGGAAAUGGACGGAGGCAUUUGAUCAUGCAAAGCAACAGGCCGAAUUUGAGCUCAUAAGAGGUGGUAGUACAAGAAACAAGCUGAACAUGGAAACUGAGAUCAAUUUAGAAGGGCAUCGGCCUAGAAUGAGGCGGUAUGCUCAUGGACUAAAAAAGCUUAUAAGAAUCGGGCAAGGUCCAGAGAUGCUUUUGCGUCAAUCAUCAGAUUUGCGUACUAAUGUCACGUCGGAUAGAUAUCAUGAGGGGGAGGUUGGAGAUGCCAUUGAAGCGCAUGAAUGGAAAUGUGUUCGCACUAUGAAUGGUGUUCGAAUUUUUGAGGAUGCCUCUAAUUCUAAGACUGGUAAGGGAAUUCUUGUGCAAGCUGUUGGCGUAAUUGAUGCCAGUGCUGAUACUGUUUUUGAAGUCAUUUUAAAUGUUGAUCGGCAUCAAAGAUAUGAGUGGGAUGCUUUGACAGGUGACCUGGAGCUUUUGGAUUCUUAUGAUGGACACUAUGAUGUUGUCUAUGGGACGUUUGAUCCAAAAUACCUCACUCGUUGGCGGUCUAAAAGAGAUUUUGUCUUCUCUAGGCAAUGGUUUCGCGGCCAAGAUGGAACAUACACAAUUUUGCAUUUUCCAGCCGUACAUAAGAAGCGGCCACCAAAAUCUGGAUAUCGACGUACAAAAAUCAACCCUUCUACAUGGGAGAUUAGAGAUUUAAAUGCACCAAUGGGUUCAAAUACCACCAGAUGUAUCCUGACGCAAACAUUGGAGAUACAUCAUGCAGGAUGGUUAAGAUGGAAGACAAACCGUUGCUCAAAGUUUGAAAAGACUAUCCCUUAUGCAUUGUUGUCUCAAGUUUCAGGUUUGAAGGAAUAUAUUGGAGCUAAUCCUGCUCUAAAAACUAAAUAUGCCACCACGGUUAUCCAUUCAAAAAUUUCUGAAGAUUUCACCUCCAGCAGUGAAUAUGGGGAUGCAGAAAUCCAAGAUGAGUUCUAUGAUGCAAUUGCUGCUGAUUCAUCAUCAUCAGAAGAGAGUGAGGAUGAAGGUCAACCAGUCAAGGAGGACAAGAAAGUCAAAUUGAAGAAUGUUUCAUGGGCCAUUGCAAGCUUAGCUUUGAGACGAAAUUCAGCUCUCGAUGCGAAUAAGGAAUUGGAUUCUAGUGUAGCUCCAAUUGAUAUUGAUAUAAGCCAAUUCCAUGGCUACCUACCCAAAGGAAAGGAUGAGAAGGACUCGAGUUGUUGGACUUCUCCAAAUGGCAAUGGAUUUAUGAUUAGAGGAAAAACUUAUCUAAAGGAUCAUGCUAAGAUAAUGGGUGGGGAUCCCCUGCUUAAGCUCAUAGCCGUGGAUUGGUUCAAAGUUGAUAACACUAUGGACAGAAUUUCAUUGCAUCCCAAGUGUCUUGUGCAGACAGAGGCUGGAAAAAAUCUUCCUUUCAUCCUCGUUAUCAAUCUUCAGAUUCCAGGAAAACCAAACUACAGUAUGGUACUCUACUAUGCCUCAGACAGGCCAGUAAAUGAACAAUCUUUGUUGGGUAAAUUUAUUGAUGGCACAGACAUGUUUCGUGAUUCGAGAUUUAAACUAAUACCAAGUAUCAUUGAGGGAUACUGGAUGGUCAAGCGUGCAGUUGGGUCAAAAGCUUGCCUUUUGGGCAAAGCUGUAACCUGCAAAUAUCUCAGACAAGACAAUUUUCUGGAGAUUGAUGUAGACAUAGGAUCAUCGUCUGUAGCAAGGAGCGUCAUUGGCCUUGUACUCGGAUAUGUCACAAGCUUAGUUGUUGAUCUUGCAAUUUUGAUUGAGGCAAGAGAAGCAGAAGAGCUGCCGGAGUAUGUUCUUGGGACUGUUCGGUUAAAUCGUGUGAAGCUUGACUCUGCUGUACCGUUGGAGGGUUAGCAUUUACGUUUCUCAAACGUUCAUUAGUUUGCUAAUUCUUUAUGUACAAUGAUGUUGUUAAGUUAGGUAGGCAUACCCCCAUGUUAUCCAAUUUAGUUACAUAAACAAACACCUGGCUAUUGUAAUGUAGUAAUAUGUACAUGUAGACUAUAUCUAUACACAAACCAAGAAAAAAAUAUGUAUCAAGCUGAAUUUACAUUGAUUGGGUUGCAGCUUGUAAAUCUGUAAAACAAAGAUUUGAAUAUACUAUUAUAGGCCAACUGUGUUACACCUGAA